AUGGACCAGGCCCCAGGAAUCACUGCUGAGGGCCUUUCUGGAGAUGACAAGAGUACUGGGGAGGUGCCCCCUAGGAAGUGGCUUUGGAAGAUCUUCCCAGAAGGCUUUGUGGCAGAAGUCUGCUGUCUCUUCAAACUCUCAGGACCCCUGUUCCUGUUCCAACUGUUGCUUUUCAUGAUCUUUGUGGUGAACUCCGUGUUCUGUGGGCACCUGGGAAAGCUGGAGUUGGCUGCUGUGACACUGGCCGUGGCGUUUGUCAACAUUUGUGGAGUUUCCGUUGGUUAUGGCAUGGCCUCAGCUUGUGACACCCUGAUGUCUCAGACUUAUGGAAGUGCCAACAAGAAGCACGUCGGGGUCAUCCUGCAAAGGGGAAUCUUGAUUCUGCUGCUUUGCUGCUUUCCCUGCUGGGCCCUCUUCAUCAACACUGAGCAGAUUCUCUUGCUCCUCAGACAAGACCCUGAUGUGUCCAGGAUAACCCAGGAAUAUGUGAUGUUCUUCAUUCCUGCUCUUCCGGCGAUUUUCUUUUAUGCUUUAGAAUCGAAAUAUCUGCAAAAUCAGGGCAUUGUCUGGCCUCAGGUUCUCAGCAGUAUCCUGGGAAAUGGCGUCAAUGUGUUGGCUAACUACAUCUUUGUCUACUUUUUGAAUCUGGGAGUGCCGGGCUCUGCUUUGUCCAACACCAUUUCCCAGUAUAUGCAGGCUGUCGUCCUUUUGCUGUAUAUCGUGAUGAGAAAACUCUACCUGGAAACAUGGGGAGGUUGGUCCCUCCAGUGCCUACAGGGGUGGGACACCUACUUAUCUCUGGCCAUUCCGGGUAUGCUCAUGAUAUGUAUCGAGUGGUGGGCCUAUGAGAUUGGAAGCCUCUUGAUAGGUCUGCUCAGUGUGGUGGAAUUGUCUGCCCAGUCCAUCAUUUAUGAGGUGUCUACUCUGAUGUACAUGAUUCCUCUUGGAAUUGGCUCCGCUGUCUGUGUCAGAGUGGGCAAUGCAUUAGGUGCUGAGGACACCCAAGGAGCUAAGAGAUCUUCUGUUACGGGUGUGCUGUGCACCGUUGGCAUCUUCUUUGUCACUGGCUCCCUGAUGCUCAUCUUCAAGGACCUCUUGGGAUGGAUUUUUACUAAUGAUGAAGAAGUCAACGCCCUGGUGAGCUGGGUGAUGCCUGUCUAUAUUGUGUAUAACCUGUUUGAGUCGCUCUGUUGUGUCUGUGGAGCUGUGCUGAGGGGAACUGGCAAGCUCGUCUUCGGGGCCACCGUGAAUGCCAUAGGCUAUUACUGCAUUGGUCUCCCGAUCGGGGCAGUGUUGGUAUUUGUGAUGAGAAUUGGAGUUAUCGGCCUCUGGCUGGGGAUGCUGGUCUGUGUUAUCCUGGCAACCAUUACGUUUAUCGUCUACAUGGCCAGGAUUAACUGGAAGCUGGCUUCAGAGGAGGCUCAGAAACGUGCCGGGCUUCACCAACAAAGGCUGCAGAGCACAGGCCCCAGCCAGGGGCCAGGGAACGUGACCUUUUCCUCAGUGGCUACAGGCAACAGCCCUGGAAUUACUUUGAUGAGGUACUCAAAAACGGAGAGCCAGGCAGACCUCUUACCACCUCUGGAAGCAACGUCCACCCUCUCUGCAGCCAAUGUGCUGUCCUGGAAGCAACUGAUUGUCCGCCGGGGGAUCUCUCUUCUGGUGGCUCUCAUGGUGCUGAUUCUAGGGGUCAUGGUCAAGAUCAUGACUACCAAACACUAG